CUCUUUUCCUGUGACUUUCAUGUUGAAAUUCCAUGGCACGUUCAGUGGCGUCACGGCGCUGGCACUGGCGUUGGCGGAGGAGGAGUGCCAUGGCGUCCUAGCAGGCCCCGAGUGCUGCGAAGUGGAGGAUUUGGAGGAUCACCAGAUCCUCCAGAAGCCUUGGCGCGACCAGAUCCUCCAGGACAACAUGGUGAAGUUUGGGAAGGUGGGCGGCGAUGGGAGCCACCGCUACGAGUCAUCGCUGAACCCCGCGCUGUGUGAACGAGACCUGCAAGAUCUCAGGGCAGAGAACCCCAACUUCUUUGCACCCCGAGGGCACGCAGCGCGGCGGGAGGCCUUCGAGGCGUGUGCCCGGCGGAACGCACGUUUGGUGGAACUCCACGUGGAUUUGGAGAUGGCAGGAGAUUGCAGCAUGCAUUAUGUGGGCGAUUUCUGCUCUCCCUUCUCGUGCGCCGUGGUCUACGAGAAAUGGAUUCUAUCGGCUCAAUACUUCAUUGAGAACUUUCCACAAUGUGCCACCUUCGCCUUGCAGCCUUGCAUUUGGCAGAACGCUGCCCAGAUGCAUCGAGUCUCUUCACUGCAACAGCUACCAGAACUCUUCGAGGCACUGGAGCUCACCCUCGACACCGACCUCGAGCGGGACAAAGAGGUCCAGACUCUCUUGACCACCUUGGAGAAUCUCUCCGACGACCUGCUGCCGUGGCCGCUGCUGCGGCCCUUUGCCGAUGCUGCGGCCCUUGGGCGAAAGCGGCUGAGGCUGUCGCGGCCACCGCAGAAGCUGCUGGAGAGCGGCAUCCCUGUGAUCCUCGACCUUCUAGCGCCUGCCAUCCAAACGUUGCUGUGCGAAGAGAUGGGCUGCCAGCCCUUCCUCGACGAGAGCUUGCUCGCAGGUGCCACACGUCUUCGGCCGCGCUGGCGCGAGCUGGGCUCCCUCUGCGCAGCUGGACAGUUCCAGCGUGCGGCAGAACUUGAACGACGUUAUGCGGGCGAGACAGAGCGCUGGGUGGCUGCCUUGGCACAGCUAGGUCAUGAUGUUCCUCCAGACUUCUUGCUGUCCUUCCAGGAGCUUUGCAACCUUCUGGGCCGUAGUCAUGCCUCUCCCACGAGAUCCCCGCUUUCACGCGACAUCUGCGGGGAGUCGACCGUGCCGGCGGUGGAACCCACUGGUUGCAGUUGCAGGGCGGAGCCCGUGCACUGCUUUCAGCCCCGUGCACGUCUUUGGGGGCGACGGGUGCGGCGCGCUGUGGUGGCCGCCUUUGAUCUGCAGAUACCACUGGAUGAACCUUACAGGACCUGGGGAGUGCAUGAUGCACCCUUGGACUUCUUGAUGAACUUUGAUCUCAGCCUCACACCAGGCGAAACUGACCGUGUGCUCUUGCUGCCCCCGGCACAUCUGGCACUCUACCCGCUGACCACACGCACUCGCCGAAGGCUACAAGGUGCCAAGGUGAAGGUCAUUGAGGUCCCAUGGAUUGAGCCUCCAGGCGUCUCGCCCACGGUGGCUCAGCGCAACCAGGAGAACCACUUCGGAAACAGGGAGUACAUCCGUUUGCACGCGAUGAAUCUGGACUAUGACGUCGUGGUCUACUUGGACACCGACGUGCGGAUUGUUGGGGAUUUGAACCCCAUUUUUGAAGAAGGCCAAGACCUCUUCGUGUCCACCGGCAGCACGGUGGCGCCCUUGGACGGCGGCUUCUUCGCGGUACGACCCAGUGGAGCCUUGUUCCGAGCCAUGCUCGAUGUCUUGCGCACGGUGCACUACGACCGUGAAACGGGCUGGAACAGGAUGGGCCAUGGCUACAGCUUGGCACUUGGACGCGCGGAGGGAAAUUAUCCCGCUGGCCCACAAGGAUUUCUGUAUCAUUUCUUCUACAUGGCCGAUCCAGCAGUCGACUUGGCACUGAAGCGGAAUGGUGCAGUUCGCCCUCGAAGUGCGCAGGUGGAUUCCUGCCACUCGUGGACCACCCGUGGAAUUCUGCGGGCGGAAGAGGGUCAGUGGAAUUACAACAGUUUCCAUGGAAGCUUCAAGUGGAGAUACUUGGACGAAAGCAGCUACUUCGCGGCCAUGCCCGAAGAGUGGCGCCGACAGGUGGAAUCGUUUCAUCGUCGAGUAACCUGGACCUUUCCCUGCGACUUCACCGUGAAAAAGCCCGUGCUGGUGCACCACAUGGACGAAGCCAUCGAAGGCUACUUGGAACACCUACAGCAGCAACAUCCGAAUCAGACCACAGUGCUCCUGCCGCGAAAAGAUACCUGCGCAAUUGUCAUGGAUCGCCUCAAGCGGCUUUGGCAACACCUGGUGCCGGCCGCCGUGGGCGGAGAGGGCUCCUCCUCCUCCAGCACCUCAGCGCCUCGGAAGGUGUGGUAUGCACCAUACAAGUUCGAGGCCUACGGCGAAGAGGAGAUCGCCGCUGUGACCGCAGCCCUGAGGGAUGGCUGGUUGGCCCCUGGCCCACGCACCGAUGAGUUCGAGGCAAAGGUCUCUGAGCUCUUUGGAAAGCGCUUUGGCGUGAUGGUGAACUCCGGAAGCUCUGGGAACAUUAUUGGCUUGGCAGCCUUAGGCUUGCAGCGAGGCGACGAGGUCAUCACGCCAGCAUGCACCUUCGCCACCUGCAUCGCGCCCAUGGAGCAGCUGGGGUUGACGCCGGUCUUCAUAGACGUGAUCCCCAACCGCUAUGUGCCUAGCGUCGAAAUGGUCUUAGCAGCUGUGACCCCGAAGACAAAGUGCAUCUUCAUCCCCAACCUGGCCGGUAGCAAGAUCGACUGGGCAGAGUUGAGGAGACGAGUGCCAGAUCACAUUUGGCUUUUUGAGGACUCCUGUGACACCAUCACCUAUACCGCGGAGUCCGAUGUUUCUGUGAUCUCCUUCUACGCCUCCCACAUCAUCACUGCCGGUGGAUUGGGUGGCUGUGUGAUGUUCAAUGAUGAGGCGCUCAAGAGGAAGGCGCUGAUGUUUAGGGAUUGGGGCCGGAUCGGCAACAACUCGGAGGACAUGUCUGAACGUUUUGGGCAUAGCGUCGAUGGCAUUGAGUAUGACUUCAAGUUCCUUUAUGGUUGUGUAGGUUGGAACAUGAAGGCCUGCGAGAUGAAUGCAGCCUUCGGCCUGGCACAGCUGAAGAAGUUGGAGCACUUCAAGGCCAUCCGCCGAAGAAACAUCGCGAGAUAUUGUGAAAACUUGCGGAAGGCGCAGACACGCUAUGUCCUUCCUCAUGAAGCUCACCAAUAUGACUGGUUAGCUAUGCCGCUGCUCUAUCACGACCGCAAAGGUGUUUUGCGGUACCUGGAGAGCAACGAAGUGCAGAUUCGGGUGUUCUUUGCAGGGAACAUCACGCGGCAUCCAGCUUAUCGGCACUACCUGCAAGCCUUCCCUGGCGCCGAUCGAGUCAUGAAGGAGGGUUUUCUCAUCGGAGCUCACCAUGGCCUUGAGCUCUCGGACGUGGAUCGAGUGUGCGAGCUGUUGAUCAUGAUUUCUAUGCUCCGAGGAAUGGCGACCUCCUGUCUGGGAAGACUGUUGAGUCCAAGGCCUGGACGUGGGAGGAUCGCGAUUCUGUGA